AUGAAAGAGAAAAUUGAAGCGAUUCUUGCGCUUCAAGAACCACGUUCACUAGCUCAAGCAAAUAAGUUUAUAGGCGCUCUUAGCUGGUAUCGAAAAUUCAUUCCUCACUUUGCAACUGUAGCAGCUCCUAUCCAUGCUGUAACUAAUUUAACUAAAGAUAAACGACAUAAGUUUCAAUGGAAGUACGCUCAAUCUAAAGCUUUUCAUGAUUUAAAACAAAUGCUAAUUACUAAACCGUUAUUUCUGCAUUAUCCAGUCGAUAAUGUUCCAUUAAUGUUAACGACUGAUGCUAGUGCAAUCGGAGUUGGUGGAGUUCUUCAGCAAGAAAUUGAUGGUGAAGUUCAUAAUCUGUACUAUCACUCUCAAUUGAUGACUCCAUGUGAACGUAAAUAUAGCGCAAUUGAGAAAGAAGCUUUAGCUAUCUAUAAGUGUUUUGCUAGAAUGCGUACGUUCCUAUUAGGUCGAAAUAUUAUUCUUAGAACGGAUCAUUGUCCAUUAUGUCAUAUCAUGGAAAAAACAGUUCGUAAUGCUAGAGUCGAUCGAAUAACUCAUUUGAUUCAGGAAUACAAUAUUGAUAAAGUAAUUCACAUAAGUGGGCGUGAAAAUUGUCUUCCUGAUUUUCUCUCGAGAUACUCAAAUGAUGUUCAUGACGACCUUUUUGAAAUUGAUUAUGGAUUAGAAAGUAGAAACGAUUAUAAUCCAUCAUUAUCCUUAUCAUCUAAAGAGGUAGCAAGCUCAUCUUCAUCUCAACACGACAAAAAUAAAAACUUACUUGCUACUAUGACAUUAAGAUCGCACUCUAAACAGCAUAAUACCAUUAAGACUAACCCUACAAUUGCUAAUAAAAUAGUUACUGAAAACCAGUCGAAUGAUGAAUCAUUUGUGGAUGUUUCAUCGGAUAAUUCACUUCCAAAAAAGUUUUCAUUUAAUCAAUUCGAUUUGAGUAAAUUGAAAGAAGAACAAGAAAAAGAUCCUAUCAUACAAAAUAUUGCUAAAGAAAUUCGUACUAUUAAAAAUAACGUUCCGUUUGUCUUAAAAAAUAAUAUUGUCUAUAAAUUAAUCACACCUUCACGCCACUCUAAACGAAAUAUAGAAGUAAUAUAUCUACCAUCAUCAAUGAUAGAUUUCUUACUUCAAGCCUGUCAUGACGAUCCUAUGUCAGGAGCGCAUUUUUCUUUCGAUCGUACAUAUAAUAAAAUAAAAAAUCUUUACUGGUGGCCUGCUAUGAAGUCCACCAUAAGACGUUAUAUUCAGUCAUGUCUAUUGUGUAAGCAGUACAAUACUACUCGCCAAAAGAAAUAUGGACAUUUACAUCCUAUCAAUCCACCUGAAGGACCUUUUCUUUUGAUUGGCAUUGACUAUUGCGGUCCUUUAAAACGUACACCACGCGAAAAUCAGUACGUCCUAGUAAUUACUGAUUAUUUCACUCGUCAUGUUACCGCAAUAGCAUUACCUAAUUGUACUGCUGAAACUACUGCUCAAGCGCUGUUUAAUGAAUACUUUUGUAAAUA